CUUCCCCGCAGCGCCGGGACGGCGGCACUGAGGCUGCGGUCCCGCUAUGGCUCCCGGCUCCGAGCAGCUCUUCGACUCCCUGGGUCACUUCGGCAGAUUUCAAGCAUGUGUGUAUUUUGCAUCUGUCUUUCAAGCUAUGUCAUGUGGCAUCCAUUACUUAGCAUCUGUGUUCAUGGCUGUUACUCCUAACUUUGUAUGUGGGAUCCCUGGAAAUGUGAGUAGCAUUCUCUUCUACAACUCCUCUAAAGCAAAUCUAGAGGACAUCUGGACAAUGUGGACAUCAACAGAAAAUUACAUUGUAGCCCAGCUGGAAAAUGGAGAAGUCUGGGAACUUAAUCAAUGCAGCAAGUCCAAACGAGAAGUCAGUUUUGAUCUAGCGUAUGAAUAUAAAGGCAACAAGUCCAUAUUUUCAUGUUCUGAUGGAUUUCUCUAUGAUGAUACAAAAUGGAAGAGCACUGUUGUUACGCAGUGGGAUCUGGUCUGUGAACGAGAAUGGUUGGCAAAAUUAAUCCAGCCUACCUUCAUGCUUGGAGUCUUGAUUGGAGCAGUGAUUUUUGGUGACAUUGCUGACAGACUGGGAAGACAGCGCGUUAUGUGGUUCACAAGUGCCGGUCAGUUUGUAUUUGGCGUCACAGUGGCAUUCACAUUUGACUACUACAGCUUUGUGAUUGUCCGCUUUCUCCUUGCUAUGGUUUCAAGUGGCUAUCUGGUUGUGGCUUUUGUUUAUGUGACUGAAUUUGUUGGCAUUAAAGCACGAACCUGGGCUUCUAUGCAUGUCCAUGCUUUUUUUGCUUUGGGAAUUAUGGUUGUGGCACUCGUGGGAUUUUUGGUUCGGACCUGGUGGGUGUAUCAGAUAUUUCUCUCCAUAGCAACUCUUCCUUUUGUCUUGUGCUGCUGGAUGCUUCCAGAAACACCUUUGUGGCUCCUGUCAGAGAAAAGAUAUGAAGAUGCACAAAAAGUAAUCAAUAUAAUGGCGAGGUGGAACAAAGUAAGCACUCCAUGCAAAGUGUCUGAACUGUGCUCAGUCCAACAAGAUGACCCAGGCACUGACAAAACAAGCGGCAGUGGCGCAUCCUCAACCAAGAAGCACAACAUCUUAGAUCUGUUUUGUAACUGGUACAUUGCAAGAAGGACCAUCACAAUCUGGCUGGUCUGGUUCACCGGGAGCCUGGGGUACUACGUCUUCUCCCUGAGUUCUGUCAAUCUAGGAGGCAAUGAAUAUUUAAAUCUGUUUCUCAUAGGUGCUGUGGAGUUGCCUUGCUAUAUCAUUGCUUGCAUUGGGAUGGACAAACUGGGAAGGAGAAACACACUCAUUCCGUUCCUUAUUUUAAGUGCACUGAUCUGUGUUUUAAUUAUGUUCAUACCUCAGGAUUUUAAUGUGUUAAUUAUAUUGGCAAAUAUGGCUGGAAAAUUUUCCAUAGGUGUGGCAUUUGGCCUUAUAUACCUCUACACAGCAGAACUGUACCCAACAAUUGUAAGAUCUCUUGCUGUUGGAAGUGGGAGCAUGAUGUGCCGUGUAGGCAGUGUGGUCGCUCCUUUCUGUGUGUAUCUGAGAAGUGUUUGGAUUUUCUUGCCACUUUUGCUUGUUGGAAUCAUGGCUCUUCUGAGUGGAAUAUUAACAUUAAUGCUUCCGGAGACACUUGGAAAACCUUUGACUAAUACUUUGGAGGAAGCUACGGAAAUGGGAAGAAAGAAGGAAAACUGCUCAGGAAAGACUCCUCCGGCAAACAGUGGUGCAGCAUUAGAAAAGAUAGAGAUGUUUGGUCAAGAAGCAGUCCGCACUGAGAAAUAAAGCAAGAGCAAAAUGGCUGCUCCCAGUUUUAGCAAUUAUAUAAUUUAUAGGUCAUUUUAUUCACGAGAAGACUGUUCUAUAAUAUCUGUGCCUUUUAAUUUGUAACACAACUUGCCUUUUUGACAGAGCAUUUGUAUGUAACCUUUUCAACUUGACUGGGGUACUGCAGAAAAUUGGAUGAGAUUUCUAGAUCCCUUCUCAAGCUUAUUUUGCCUUUAGGAAACCUGUCUGACUCGCUGUGAAGAGUUGGAGUGAUUACUUUAAUUUUGUAACCUACCUGAUUACAUAUGUAUAAAAAAGUGCCAAUUCUUACUGAGGGUUUUCUGUGGUUAGACUUGUAAACCCACCACAACGUGCCUUGUCUUUUGCAGCUGUCAGUUACAGACAUGAGAAUUCAAUACGUAGUGAAGUCAAACUCACCAUUAUAAUUCAAGAGAGAAGCCUUAACGUUUCAUCAGGUCAUACUAAUAAUUACUUAAACUACUAUUUUUUAUUUUUAUUUUUUUUGCAAAACUGCUUCCAGAAAAGCUGUCAUUUCUAACAAAAGGAUUGUGUGGAAUGGCUUCUGACUGAACAAAUAAUAUUAAUUUUGCAAAAUGUGCAAAUAGUUUGUGUACUAUUCAUUCUGUUGAACGGUAAAUGUAUUUUUAUUAGUAGCUUAGGAAAAAAAAAAAAAGCUCACUGGAUCUGCUGCUGUCUUAGUAAGCUCUUUUUUAAAGAAAACUGCCUUAUGUCUUUGAAAGUCUUUUUCAUUCCAGACCAUUAUUUCAGUGCACCCCUUCUCACUUGUUUCAGCUCAGAUUAUGUCUCAGAUUUGCCUAAUGCUUCAGAGCAACACCAGCAGAUUUGCCUAACUCUUCUGUGGAGGCUGAGCCCUUUUUAGUCCUCAGAGGAACAAAACAAGUGGUACAUGGGCCUUAUUCAGGCUCUCUGCAGCAGUGGUCUUAGUUAUUAAAGAAAGAUUUGUAGGCAUGGUAUCUACACACCAAUUGUAUCAGACUCCAUAGACUCAUGUGGGCUCUGUAGCUCCAUUUUUUCCUUACAUGUGAUAUCUAGAGGACAGUGAGUUACCAGCUAUUCUGGUAUUUUCAGUCAAAGUCUUUAUCAGUGUCUUUUAGAUCUUGCGUGAGCAUCAUCAAUACUCAUUUAUUGGUGCAGUGAGUGUGCCUUAUGAUUGUGGACCAUAGAAAACUCAUAGAUAGGAAAACAUAAUUCUAGCUGCUCGUUAGUGGCCUUCUGUCCCAGCUCUCUUUUGUUGCAUUCUACCUCCAGUCCCAGAGGUUUCUUCCUUGCCUGUGAGUCUGUAUCCUUUUAGCCACCCUUGUUUGAGUAGGCUGGCAUUGGAAGCUUCUGCACAUCUUUUGCCUGGGUUGUGUGAACCCUGCCACCCAUAGUGUGAAAUCACAGUUCUUCUCACCUGAGGCACCUACUCACAGGCUGACACAACCUCAUCAAAACAAGUCUUUCCAUGUUCACUUCUUUGAUACGUAUCCCAAAACCAGACAUCUAAAUUAUUGUAGAUAAAUAUUCAAUACACUGUAUAGUUUAUUUGUCAUAUUUUUUUCUGUUAUAUCUGCAUGUUUUAGUGAAUUCUGAAAACAGAGUAAUUGUUUAUAUCCCUCUAUGAAAUAUUCUUUCUUCCUCACUGCACUAUCCUAGAGUGCCAAGUAGCACUUUGGUUCUAGACAUAGGAUUUAGUCAUGUCUUAUGUGACAACUAAUGUGCUAUGAAGCCAAGCAAAAAUCAGUAAGUUUAAGUUUAGGGUGUUUCUGUGCAGUAAUUAAAGAGGUCUUUGUUCUCCCUUCAGUUAUGUGGGUGUCCCAGUAUUUGCAGAGAAAAUUUCUGAAGAAAACUGCAUGGCUUACUAUAGCUUCUAUCAAGAUAUAAUUUGUUCAGCAAAAGUAUGUGCUUUCAACCUUACCCAUGUGAGUAAUCCCAUCAUCAUUCAGAGGAGCACUUGAAUACAUAUUUUGAUGACUAAAGAUAGGAUUACUCAUAUGCUGUGGCUUUCUGUUUUGCUCAGGAACAGACCCAGUAUUCUUCCACUGCUUUCAGAUCCCCCUGUCCCGGUUUCCAGAGCAGAACAGCCGCACUUAUCUGCAGGAUCUGUUGCCAAAUGCCGAGUGCCCCACCUUAACCAUACUAAGGAAGAAAACAGCACGCAACAGUUCUAUUGGGCAGUUAAACUGAUUCAGUCUGACUUUACAGCCACUCUCCCCUUCACAGAGGUCUGAAUAAUUGGGUUGUUUUGGGGUUCUUUCACAUGAUACUCUCUCUUUUUUUCAUAUAUAUUCCUGUCUUAAACACUUACGCUUUCUUUACAUGGGACAGUACAGUAUGUUUUAGCGAGGUACUGAAGAACAAUUUUAAAUUAAAUUUUUUGCUUUCUUAUCUGCAGAAUAACUGACGUGGACAUUACUCCACUUUAAACAGUAAAUGCAUGUUAUGUUUUCCAUAGACUUGAGGGAUUCAGGACCAGGUCAUCUAAUUGAUAUAUGUAAGGUAGGGGAAAUAAGAAAGAAAGAAAAGACUUAAAUGUACGAUGAUAGUGAGCAACCCUUGCAGGCUACAGUUUUAACCUGUAUUCUGAAACACAAUGUUAAUUGAUCAACAGGCACACCUUUGGAGAUUUUGUGCAUAAGUAGCUCUGAGGAUGCUCUGGGGUUUCCUUUUGUAGAGUAACACACUUCCUUUUAGCUGAGGAAGUAAAUUACUGUAAAAGAAAAGGAAAUAGCAUUUCUGAAUUUCUGUUUGUUUGCUUUCUCAUGUGGAGAAAAAUACGUUUAGCAAUAGUUCUACAUUAUAAAUGUAGCACAGAUGGGAUGAGUCGAUUUCUUUCUCUUCAUAGAUUUUCUAAAUUCUAGAUUAUCUAAAUCUUCUUGAAAGAGAGGACUGAGUUUGAGAACAAGAGCUUCUAAGUUCCUCUGGGGCACGUUUUCCUCUCAUUGCUAAUAAAGACAAUUCCUUUUCAUAGUUCUUAACUGAGCCCUUCAGUUCUUUUAAGUUUAUAUUUGUCAUAUCCAUCUUAAUGUAAAUUUCUCGUGCUGAGCAAUGGCUCUGGAGAUACAUGAUGGCUUUGUGAGGUAUUGGAUUAGAAUUCUUAUGUCUUAAUUGUGUGCUUUUCACAAUGAUAAUUUCUUCUGUCCUACAAUUGAUGCAGUAUUUUAUUGAACAGUCACACAGUUGGUUAGGGACGUGCCUUCUCAGUUCACUGAAGAAAUUUUCAGUAGUUCAAAGAUAACUAAAGAAGAUCAAUAAGUAAGUGUGUUUGAUAUUUUCAAUCUGUAUUUUCAAAUGGAUGUGAAGAGAUGCAUUUUCUAAUUUCAUAGCUCACUUCAAUUUAUGAAAGUUUCUGUCACUUGGAAGACAUUGUAGACAAAAAAAUCUCUGUGUCAAAUGCUUUGGGCUGUGCCCUGAGUGAGUGAGGGAGAGAAUCCCCCCUUCAGGAUUCCGGCAGAGGAGUUCCGUAUGGGCAGCUUUGUGGAAACAGAAGAUGUUGUGACACCUCAGCUCUGGGUGAAAAGGGGGGUGGAGGGCUCACUGGCAUUCUCCUGUGUCUUUCACAGUUUAUUUUUACCAGCUCCUUACGUGCAGUCGCUUAGGAAGCCUCUGUAGCAUGGAGCUCAGGAACAUGCAAGUUCUUUGUGUGUGCCUUUCACAAGAGCUCGCAAAAUGCAAAGGUCAUUUGAACUGUGGGGGCAUAGUGCCAGAAAGGCAUUUGUGACUGCUAAAAGGAGAGUGUGGAUCCAUCUUGUACCCUUGUCUAGGUAUCUGAAAGAUGCUUGUCUGUAUCCCACAACAGAAUUUCAGGGAACAAAUGAAACUCCAAGAUUAAAAUGGUGAGUAAAGACAAAAGAACAAGUUUAUCCAGUCAAAAUAAAAACCACAACAAAACAAACCCCACCAACUCAUUGACUUCAGUCAAACCAUAUCUGCACUGCUCUCAUCUCUCAUGAAGAAAAGUUAGAGCACAGCUGUGUAUUGGCAACCUAACCAUUUUGUAUGUGAUUUUGAGCCAGGUGCAUUUUGGAAACAUGGGGGAAGUACGUGUUCUUGGAAAAGAGUUUAUUUAGCCAGAAUAUUUGGCUGUAAUAAAUAUAUGUGAAUAAUGAUUUUUUAACAUGCAUGUAGCUGCAGAUAAUAAAUACAAGAAUAAAGCUAAUCACAUUAUUUAAUCCCUA